AUGAACGCACGACUUUCGAUGAUAGGUGUUGUAAAGUUCAUCCUGUAAUGUCUACCUAGCGCCGUGAUAGCCAUUCUAACCAUUUGAUAUCCCUAACGAAACAUGCAUCCAACACGGUGGUUCUAAGGUGAACUUUCAUUCACGUGCCUUUCAACAGUCGGCACGUAUAGCCUCGAUUGUGGCGUGCUAUGAUUAUGCCAUACCCUAACUCUCAUUUGGUGGCGUCGCCAUGGAAGAACUAUAUCGAACUCACGUUCAGCCACGGAGUCCGCAGGAAACCGCGAAGUGGAUAUCGAGCAUGUUUUUCUGCUGGCUUGUGCCCCUUUUCAAACUGGGAUGGAAUCGGGCGUUAACUGUGGAGGAUCUCUUCGCCUGCCCAGAAUGGGAAGAAUCCCGACCGGCCACCGAUCGCUUACAAGAAGAAUGGGAAAAAGAGUUGUCUGCCCAGGGAACGAAGGGAAGAAAGCCACACUUGCUAAAAGCGCUUUGUCGUGUGUACGGUACACGUUACUUGCUUGUUGCAGUAUUAGUGCUGAUUGAAGAAUGCUUGAAAAAUAUAUUGCAACCAAUUGCCCUAGGCUGGCUCGUCUCCUAUCUCACGGAUCCGACAAAAUCAUCGAUGAGCUAUGGGCUUUUCAUUGGUUGCGCUGUACUUGUAUCGUUUUUGGGCGGCGCACAUAUCUUUACUAAUCAUCCGUACUUCUUCAACAUGCAACGAUUUGGUAUGCGAUUGCGGGUCACAUGCUGCUCCCUUCUCUAUAGGAAAAGUCUGCGCCUUUCGCAGGCUUCACUCACGGGAACUGCAUCCGGCCAAAUGGUAAAUCUCAUGUCAAACGACGUACGCUAUCUUGACACAUCUCUCCUUUUUGUUCCGUAUAUCCUCGUGGCGCCUCUACAAACAGUUCUUAUCACAAUCGUUCUAUACAGAGAAAUCGGCUGGCCCAGUAUUUGCUGCUUGGGAUAUAUGCUCGUUUGGGUUCCUAUGCAAUUAGUGAUAGGGCGUAAGUUUGCACGGAUCCGUCUACAAACAGCCGAAAUCACAGACAGACGGGUACGAUUCACCAACGAGCUCGUGGCCGCCAUUCGUGCAAUCAAAAUGUACGCGUGGGAAAAGCCGUUCGGCCUAUUGGUAUCUGAUAUUCGUCGGAUGGAGAUUGGACGUGUUCGAAUCGCAUCGGCAUUAAAGGGCAUUAAUAUGGCUCUAUUCUUUGUGUCCUCUAAGUUUAUCCUUUUCCUAUGCUGUAUCCUGUAUACGAUGGUGGCUGGAAAAAGCCUCACCUCAGAGAAAGUAUUUGUAACAAUAGCUCUGCUGAAUUCGGUCCGUCUAGCAAUGGGACUCUACUUCCCGUACGGUAUGGGGCAAGGCUUAGAAACAUUGGUUUCCUUAAGGCGAAUUCAGCGAUUUCUGAUGCUUGAAGAAAAAGGCCAAUCCGCAGAACCUCUCUCCCGAAGAGGGUCUUCUCGAUCGACUGACGACGCGAUGCUUCGCUUGGCUGAUGUUCGCGCGUCCUGGAUAUCAACUAUUCUACCAUCUGAUACAAAUCUAUUAGCCCUAAACAACGUCAACUUCCGAGUGCGUCGUGGCGAACUGGUAAUUGUAACAGGGCCGGUUGGCUGUGGAAAAUCAUCACUUCUAAUGGCAAUACUCGGCGAACUUCCUCUUCUUACCGGAACCAUUAAGCUUGGGGGAACCAUUGCUUAUGCUUCGCAGGUGCCGUGGCUCUUCAACGCGACCCUCAAGCGAAAUAUUUGCUUCAAUUCUGCAGCUGACGAGAUACGGUUCCGUAAGGUUGUUAAGAUAUGCGCUCUCGAGAAAGACAUCGAGCUACUACCACACGCCGAAGAAACCCUUGUCGAAGACAAAGGAACCUCACUCAGUGGCGGUCAAAAGGCUCGCGUAAGUCUUGCUCGAGCAGUUUAUCACGACGCAGAUCUCUACCUCCUUGAUGACCCUCUAAGCGCUGUGGACGCCAAUGUGUCCCGUCAUAUCUUCGCAAGUUGUAUCCAAAAGUACCUUCUUCACAGAGGAAAGGCAGUCAUUCUAGCUACGCAUCAGUUGCAGUACCUGCGACAUGCCGAUCGCGUUCUUUUGCUCAGGAAGAAUGGAAAACCCGUAGCCUACGGGAAUUAUUAUGACAUUAUCCAUAAAGGAAUUGAUAUAGAGGGAAUACUAAAUACUGACCAAAACGACGAGUCUGACAAUUUAAAGGACUACAAUGUCAUAGAAAAGUCUGAGCGAGAGCCUUUCGACGUUGCCGAACCGUCUAAGGAUGUACCGGCUGACUCCAAGACCUUUGUAAGAUUGGACAAUAGAAACUUGUCUCAAAGGGAAACUUUUGAGAAAAGCAAAUCUCAAGAUGGAAUUGAACCUAAUGUAAUCAUCAAUGGUGACGUGGAAGCUCAAGGGGCUGCAGCUAUGCGCGCUCAGCAAACGGAAGAAAGUAAAACAACGGGGACGGUGUCAGCCGCCGUCUAUUGGAAAUACGUCACUUUGGGAACCGGUUGGCUUUCGUUCAGCUUUCUCGGGUUAAGCUCGCUUGCUUCGCAGGCUCUGUUCAACGGAGUGGACUUUUGGCUAUCGUAUUGGUGUGAUAAGGUUAAGGACGCUCAAGAAAAUGGUGAAACAAACCUUGAUUUGCACUAUCUAAGUUGGUUGGCGUGGAUGUAUGGGGGUCUCAUCGUUCUGUUAGUAGCGGCCUCGGUGAUUCGAGCGUUAUUAUUCUUCGCAAUGUGUAUGCGAUCAUCGGUUCGUCUCCAUGACGACAUGUUUGCUUGUAUAAUGCGUGCGCCAAUCUCAUUUUUUGAACGAAAUCCUAUCGGGCGUAUCCAAAACAGGUUUACGAAGGAUCUCGGUGUAAUCGACGACAUCCUUCCUCCGACGGGCCUCGAUAUUUCUUUCAUCACGUUGAACUUGGUUGGCGUCCUUACGUCCGUGGCCAUUAUUUGUCCAUACAUUAUCAUUCCCACGCUAGUUCUACUUGUUCUGUUCUCUUUUCUCUGGAAUAUCUACAUUCGAACAGCUCGGGACAUAAAACGACUCGAGGGCGUGACUCGAUCCCCGAUGUUCUCACAUGUAUCCUCAACUCUUCAGGGGCUGGCUACAAUUCGUGCCUAUCGGGUCGAACCCGUAUUUAAACAUCUCUUUGAUCUUUAUCAGGAUCGUCAUACGUCAUCAUGGAACCUGUUUCUUUGCACUACUCGAUGGUUUGGAAUCACAUUAGAUUUUCUCGCGUUUACGUACAUCGCCAUCGUUACAAUGUCGCUAGCCAUUCUAGGAGCCAAUGGAGUUGGUGGUUUGACAGGUAGCCAGGUGGGUCUGGCGGUUACAAAUGCCUUACUUUUAACUGGUAUGUUCCAAUGGGGAGUGCGACAAGCUGCAGAAAUUGAAAGUCACAUGACUUCUGUGGAAAGAGUGCUUGAGUACUGCUCUCUUGUCCCGGAAGCGCCUUCGGAAACGAAGCCUGAGUGUCGUCCGCCGAAGGGAUGGCCCAACGCUGGUGCCCUUACUUUGCGCAAUGUGAACCUCCGGUACCUGCAGGAUCAACCCCCGGUGCUAUGUAACCUAUCUUGCCAUUUCCAGCCAGGAGAGAAGAUCGGUAUCAUUGGACGUACGGGGGCAGGCAAGUCUUCGAUCAUCGCCGCUUUAUUCCGCCUAUAUGAGCCGGAAGGUGAUAUAAUCAUUGAUGGUGUAUCAACCUCUACUCUCGGUCUCCAUGAGCUUCGUUCCGCGAUCGGCAUCAUUCCCCAAGAGCCAUCGUUAUUUGCCGGCUCUCUUCGCCGAAACAUCGAUCCUUUCGGUGAGAUAAGCGAUGAAGAACUUUGGCAAGCUCUCGACGCGGCAUGCCUUAAAAAAGCGGUAGAGGAUAUGUCUGGAGGACUUAACGCCACUAUCAGCGAAGAAGGCGCGAAUUUAUCAUCUGGACAACGCCAGCUUGUCUGCCUCGCACGAGCGAUUGUACGCCGCUGUAAGAUUCUUGUAUUGGACGAAGCAACGGCAAAUGUCGAUCCGCACACGGACGAAUGUAUACAAAACGCUAUCCGACGAAGCUUCCACCACGCGACCGUUCUUACUGUUGCACAUCGACUGCACACGGUUAUGGACUCGAAUAGGGUAAUGGUAUUAGACGCCGGCCGUAUUGUCGAAUUUGCUGAGCCACAUUCUCUCCUUCAAGAUCCGAGAUCUGGACUGAGCCAACUCGUUGAUAGGACAGGACCAGCAACCGCUGAAAAGUUACGCAGGCUCGCUAAAGAGGCACACCUUUCAAAACGGACAAAAAACGUCUACCGAUUGGAUAAAGAACACGUUGAGAACCAUUCCCUUUCUUAUACUUCUGAUUAUAACAGUAACCAGGAAAUACAAUGGAGAGAGAGCAGCAGAAUUUAGACAUCGUAUGAAGGCUAUAAAGCAUUUAUGAUUGUGAUCAACGCUAAAAAGCUUUUUAAGCUAUCUAUGUACUUGCUUUUGCAGUAACAUUCGGCAUUUGUAUAUUGAAUUGUUGAUCGUUUCAAGCUAAAUUGAAAUACAUACUUUUUAUAUUUUACUAAUACUAUUAUUACCAAGCUAAAUUUCCGCUAUUUCGAUUAAUGAUCUCCAGUUCUAUCACUGUGGAACUUCUAUGGUUUUUAAGCAAAAAAAAAAAAAAAAUUACGAAAAAGCAAUGUUUGCAUCAUUGAAAUAAAUUAACACCAUUAACGGAGUUCUGCAUAGAUUAGAAUAUAUAAUAGUCGAAUGAUACGAGAUUCGGGCCAGUCGAUAGGCGUAGUAAAAUCUCAUAUUAAAGUUCUUUCAAUUUUUCCUGGAUAUGUAAAACGUAUAUGGUAAAAGACGACGUCUUUACUGGCUCCGUUGGUUAAUUCUUCUUAAUAAUCUGUUAUAGUCUAGUUUGUUGAUGACCACAGAGGCCUGAGUCAACCGGUUUGCUAGACAGUAGCAACUCAUAAUUCACGAUUCCUCUUCCUGCCUAUCUUAGAUUGAAAACGAAAGCGAUAGAACUAUCUAGGGACUGUUUCAUUCAGUAACGCAUAAUCAGUAUAGUUUUUUUUGUGGGUCUGGGCAAUACGCUUUAUGCUUUUAUCGUGAUCAAAUUGUAGAAUAUAGCAAGUUUUUGCAGAAAUUUCAUCUUCGAGCUGCUUUAUCUCAUAUCUGAGUAGAAACGUCCUAACACAUCUACAUUUGCCGAAUUAGCUACCAAUGCCAACCCAACGCGAUUCGUAUUAUUUACAAUAGGUAAUUUCAAAAGCUAUCUAGGUGAAAGAAACAUUUUCUACAACCUAAUAUACCUGCUUCUUCUUAAAAGAUCUUCAUCUUGGUAGACAGCUACAGUCUAUUUGACUCUAUUAUUGAUGCUCACACACCGGUGGAGGUUUUCCAUAGAAUUGAAAUGCGCCUAUCCACAGAUUCUUUUUAUUUUCAUCUAAUAGGUAUUUAUAUCGGCCUAGUUAUUUCUAAAUAAGCCCGUUAAAUUUAGGAUUUACGAUUCAAUAUAACUACCAUGAGCAAGUAUAGUAAGUGUAUUUUUAAAAAGUAUGACCUUCAGCGGUCUCCAUAGACACCAAACGAUAACACAUAGAGCAAAAAAAUUGUCUGGGCAUUUACCUCGAAAAUCCGAAGGGGAAUUCUUUUGUACGUAACGCUUAAUGAUAGUGUUGUGUUAUUUUGUGAGCUGCUUAAAGCCCGAGGAGCGCUUAAAAAACUUCUACUUAGCAUUGCAUUUAGUCAAUGCAAUAGAACACUGCAUGAAGUAUACUAGCGACGCGACGUUUAUAUGGAUAGGUUUGCGCAAAUCAACUUCGCAUCGCGGUUGCAGCGCAACACGAAGCUUAAUGUGGAAUAAGUUAAAGGUAUAUCAUCUAUUCCUCGGUACGAACAAGAUUUGCUCGUACUUUUUAUAUGCGUGACUUUUAUAUAUAGGUACAAGGCGAAUAACCUCGAAAUUGAAUGAGGUAACACUUCACAAUAAAUGAUCACCGAGAACAAGCGAAGCCCCGCGUCUUUAGAAAAACACUCACAAUAAUAUAAAAUCCAACCAGGCCCACGAUAUCAUCAUAUCGAUCACCGCUAGAAUAUUGCAUUUAAUCUUACUUAAGAACAUAACAUGGAGACUAAGCCGUUCAAAAUAAGCUCCACACAGUGUACAUAAUGUAAUAAAGCAAAAAAUGAAUCGACUUGAAGUUUUUAAGUCAACACAUCAGUUUUCCCCGUACUUACUGUAUCAGAGUUUGACCUUUUUAUUUAGUCUGUAUUUAUUUUGACCAUGAUCUUUGACCACUUGGUUCGUGCGACGGCUCUUUUUUUAUAAAUUUCAACAAGUGAGUUUUUUUUUUUUAUGAAUUUUAUCUCAUGAAGACUCUUUCUAUGGAUGCGUUUGAAGCUACUUUCUCUUCUGCCUUUCAGUCCGGGCGACGUAGAUAUAGUUAGAACAUCAUCAAGAAGAGACAAAUAUGAGAACAUAGGUGAGCUUUCGGUCAGUAGCCUUAGCUAAUAUGCUACGCUAGUCCGUCGUUCAAGUCUAGAGCUGAAUCACCUAAUUUUUCUCCUAUCGCCAUCGACAAUCCACUAUCUAAAAGCAUAUGCCCUUUUCUGGUAUUGAUUUAUCGAAAUCUGUGUGGCUCUGUUUGUUUGUUUGUCUGUCUGUCUGUUCGCUGAAAUGCGACAUUUGUUACUAGUAUUGUGAGGAAUUCUGCGUCACAACAACUGUGUUGGAUUUCUGUAUUAGUAAACCAUUGUUGAACAUUGAAGCGUACUCAUUCUCAACUAGGAACGUACGUUUUUAGUAGUAAAAUAUUUCUUUUAGCUUGGAGUAGGUUUAAUCAUAGAAAUGUUUGUACGAUUUAUACGAGCUUUAAAGGGCGGAAGACAUUAAUUCACUGCAAGCGAAGCUUCUCUGCUAACUGUUCGCAAGCUUCUUUGUCGUUCGCUGGCAUCAUGGCCGCCUACAUGAUGUGACAGUCUGUCGGCAGUCGUUUGGCAAGAGAACUAAGAAGAACAAAAAACCGUGCAUUGUUUUUAGUUAUCGAUAAAAAAGCCUUUCUGAAUUUGUCUACCGCUUGACUCGGUGCGCGUACGAUCGACUGUGUUCAUUUUUGUGCGAGCGUAUAUUGUUUAUGGUUAUUAAUAUUGUAUUGUUCUGUAAGUCAAUCGACAAGCGUCGGAUGAGAUCUGUGAAUCGUCUCGUACUGUUUGUUAAGCCAUCAAAAGAGGAAACAAAAAAGGUCCUGCUUCAACGAAAGUCCUGAGAUUGUAAAUAUCAACUACUAGGCGUACUUCGCCAGGAUAUAGCUACACCGAAUAUGCGGCCGAACACAUUUGGCGUUUUCUUUUUACACCAAUCAACGUGAUUGCUGUACUGUUUCAAGGAGUACGUUGCACAGUAUCUGUUUUAGAUGAAGGUCAUCUAAAAACAUAAAGGGCAACAUGAACAGUGGGUUAUUCUAAAGUAGGGGAUCAUUCUUAAAAUAAAUAUGUCUUAAAGAAUAAUAAUAACAAGUAGCCUCUUGCGUAGUUCAGUAUUGUUGUCUGUCUUUUCUGUUUAUACUCUAUCGGAGCGAUGUAAGCUUGCGCUAAUCAUUUUGACAACAAUGUUACCUGUAACGAAAAGCUCGUUGAUGAUGAAGCUGUUGCUGGUUAACGGAAACUCUCCCCAGAAACAACAUAACCGGAUGGAUUUAAUUUAAUCGUAUGUCCAUGUCUGUUAAAUGUAACUGAAUCCGGUCUUAAUGUAUUAACGCAAGUGUAGCAAACAACAGUGAGAGAAGACACCAUUGCAAGGUAAACAAAAAUACUCGAUAUUCACACGUACUCAUGUCCACUGUAUAAUGCGUAUGGUUCUUUGGCAAUUCUCGGACUGGGCACACAGAAUUUUUCAAGCGAUGAAGGGAACCGAAUUCAAUAAUACUGUAGUCGUCUAGUUGUGAGAUUGGUACUGAUUUCAUAGCCUCUUUGAUGAUCUUGCACUAGAUGCCACUGCUAUUGCUCUUACUGCUACUUUUGGAAAGAUAUUACACUGUAAUUUGUGCGUGCGGUAACAGUGAUCUAAUAGUUGUCUUCGUUCCUAGACAUCAUGAUUGUACACAAGUGAUACCGACGCCACCUACCGAUAAGAAUUUACGUGAUACCAAAUGCCGUUUUUAUCUCUACUAACGAGAUAAAAGCGGCGUUUGGCCAGGCAAGGAUGAGUGAAUCUAUUCAAGCCAUACCAUCCAAUUUGCCCAGUUGAGCUGCACAGAAGUACAUCUGUCAUGCAUUCUGAUGCAGUUACUGGGUGAUAUUUCUGCCCGCAGAUUCAAACCUUAUAGUAUUUCACGGUUAUAUACCCUAUAACGUUAGCAUCGCCAUUCUCUGUGGCGGAUCUAUUCCAUAAUUCUGUCAGUACAUCGAACUAGAGACGAAGCCUAUGUGUACAUUGUAUAUUGUACAUAUUCUACGAAAUAGAAAAGCAACGCGAUAGCUAUAUGGUUCUAUUAGGUGAGAUCGUAUCACCACAGUUUACCAAAUACGUAACAGAUCGGUUUCGAAGAUCCACAUAUAUAAUUUUAAAUAGUCUAGGAAGAAAUUUCGUUUCUUAAUUAUGCCCAAUAUUUGAGAGAAGCAUUUGUUAAAUAAAAUUAUUUACU